UUGUGAUUUUACUUUCAUUUAAAUGGCGAUCAGUAAAGUUUUGGUUAAUCUGUAGUACGAGCACCAGUCCCAUGAGAUUACAGGUGAAAGUGUUUAUCAUCACACUUCAAUGACAGUUGUCGCUGUUAUGAAAUGUAAUUCCUGCAUUACACAUCAUAAAAAUAAGAAGUUGUAACAGAUGUAAUAAAUCAUAUAGUUUUGUAGAAUCACGAGACUGAAGAUUCAGAAUGAGCACUAGUAGACGGGUAUGUACUGUUUUCAAGAUAAAGAGGAAGUUGUGUUAUCUAAAUUUUGUCAUUCUCACUUUUGUUUGUGAUUUUGCUAUUAUUGGAUAAUGCCACCUGUGCUGCAGAGAACACGAGGUCUUGAAGAAAUGCAGCAUUUCUUCAUAAACGUCCUACCGGACACCUCAUGAAGUUUAAGGGAGAUUCUGAUGAAGAUGAUGGCAAAUAAGAUGUUGGUGAUCAGUGGUCUGAUCUUUAUCCACUCCCUGGAUCUGAACGCGUUUCAGUGGUAUCCCAAAAGCCUGAAGUGCGACGUGUCCGUGGAAAGUAACGGGACCGAAGUCAGCGUGGACUGCACUGACCGCGACCUCACCGAAAUUCCAGCGGGAAUCCCCGUGAAUACCACCAAUUUGACCCUGACCAUCAACCACAUACCGCACAUCAUGAACGACUCGUUUCACAACCUGCUCAACAUCACAGAGAUCGACUUGCGCUGCAACUGCGUGCCCAUCAAGGUGGGACCCAAAGACCGCGUCUGUACCCAGAGCGUGACGAUCGACAACGGGACCUUCUGGAAGCUUAAGAAUCUGAGAUCACUCUACCUGGACGGCAACCAGCUGUCUGCCAUCCCUAAAGGUCUCCCACCCAACCUCGUGCUUCUGAGUCUGGAGGUCAAUAGUAUUUCUUCAAUUGUUAAAGCGAAUCUUACAGAACUGGGCAAUAUAGAGCAACUUUACCUCGGCCAAAAUUGUUAUUUCCGGAACCCUUGCAACAAGUCGUAUUACAUUGAAAAAGAUGUGUUUUUACAGCUUGACAAAAUGACGUUGCUUUCUCUGAAGUCCAACAAUCUGUCUCAAGUGCCCCACAAGCUGCCGUCAAGCCUUAAAGAGUUGUACUUAUACAACAACAAUAUUCAGAUAAUAACAGAAACGGAUUUUCACAACUUGACAGAGCUGGAGAUACUAGAUUUAAGUGGGAAUUGUCCUCGCUGUUAUAACGCUCCUUUCCCGUGCGUACCAUGUCCAGACAAUGCUCCACUCCAAAUACACGACAACUCCUUUAAGACCUUGAAGAACCUAAAAAUUCUUCGUCUUCACAGUAACUCUAUAACUAACAUACGUUUGGAAUGGUUUCAGAACCUAACAACACUCAGUGUUUUAGACUUGUCGAGCAAUUUUUUGGCUAAAGAGAUAACGCACACCUCGUUUCCUACUUUGUUGCCUCAUCUAGAGGAGUUGGACCUCUCCUUUAAUUUUGCACUACAGGUCUAUCCUGCAUCUCUUAAUCUUUCUCAGUCAUUCGACCGCCUGAAAUCUCUGAGCGUUCUGAGAAUUAGAGGUUAUGUGUUUCAAGAACUCACUUAUCGAGACAUUCAACCCUUGACCUCUUUGAAAAACUUGGAGCUCAUUGACCUUGGAACAAAUUUCAUAAAAAUAGCACAACUUGGCAUCCUCAAGAACCUGAAAAACUUCAGAAUCAUCAACUUAUCUGAUAACAAAAUAUCUGUGCCUUCAGACGGAGGAGGAUACAAGACUUCCAGUGGCCUCGCAGAAAACCAGUAUAGUUCCCCAAUGACUCAAGGCGCUCAAUACCAUAAUGGAGACGUGAAGGACGUUCACUAUUUUCUUUAUGACGAAUAUGCACGCAGCUGCAAAUACAAAGACAAGGAACGCUGGAUUUCAAAUCCAUUUAAUACCGAAUGCAGUGCCUUUGGGAAAACUUUGGAUAUCAGUAGGAAUAACAUAUUUUAUCUCAAUUCUAGAUUUCUAGAUCUUGAUGAACUGAAUUGUCUGAAUUUGUCAGGUAAUGCAAUGAGCCAAAGUCUGAAUGGUUCAGAGUUCGUCCAGUUAAAGAAUCUACAAUAUCUGGACUUCUCCGACAAUCGUCUGGAUUUGAUGUUCUCCUCAGCAUUUCAGGAACUCAGCAAUCUCGUGGUUUUGGAUAUCAGUCGUAACAGUCAUUACUUUGUGGCUGAGGGGUUGACUCACAUGCUAAACUUUACAAAGAAGCUGCUUAACUUGAAAAAAUUGAUCAUGAACGAUAACCAAAUAUCCACAUCUACAAACACAGAAAUGGAAAGCUUUAACCUGGAACAUCUGGAGUUUAAAGGAAAUCGUCUGGAUAUGCUGUGGAGAGAUGGCGACACACGGUAUCACAGCUACUUCAAGAAACUUGUAGUCUUAAAGGUACUCGAUAUUUCGAACAACAAUCUGAACUUCAUUCCAUCUGGUGUUUUUAACGGCCUUCCAGAUACGCUGACAGAGUUGAAUAUUACAAAAAACAAAUUAAAAUCAUUUGAAUGGAAGGGGCUUGCGUACCUCAAAAACCUGAAGCACUUAGACCUUAGUGAAAAUCUUUUGACCAUUGAUUCUACAUGCUUGUCGAACUAUACAAAGUCCAUUGAAACCCUUAUAUUGCGUAAGAAUAACAUUGUACAGCUGUCUUCGGAAUUUCUGAAGGAUGCCUUUAGCCUGAAGGUCUUGGACUUAAGUUAUAAUCGCAUCCAGUUCAUCAAUUCAUUGAGCUUUCCAGAAAACGUUAUUGACAACCUGCAGACCCUUUACUUAAACAACAACAGGUUUGUUUGCUCCUGCAAUGCCACGUGGUUUGUCCGAUGGAUCAACCGCACGUCCGUCAACAUUCCACGUCUCGCCAGCGAUGUCAACUGCGCGUCACCGAGUGCCCAGCGAGGUCAGAGUGUAAUUUUCCUGAACCUUCAAGCCUGCCAACACAAUUCCCUGUCUAUCAUCCUCUAUAUUUUACUGACCUCAGUGAUUCUUAGCAUCCUCACCCUCACUAUCUCAAGUCAUCUCUUCCUCUGGGACGUUUGGUAUAUCUACCACUUCUGUCUGGCCAAACUCAAAGGAUACCAGCGGCUUUCCUCCAGCAACACGUACGAUGCUUUCGUGUCCUACGACACGACAGACCCGGCGGUUCACGAGUGGGUGAUGCAGGAGCUUCGUGUUAACCUGGAGGACAGAGGCGAUCCACGCAUGGAGCUCUGUUUGGAGGAACGAGAUUGGAUACCUGGCUAUCCGUUCAUCGAGAACCUUUCUCAAAGCAUCCAGCUGAGCAAAUGCACCGUGUUUAUUCUGACCGGACGUUACAUGAACAGUGGCAACUUUAGGACGGCAUUUUAUUUGGCCCACCAGCGACUUAUGGAUGAGAAGAACGAUGUGAUCAUCCUGAUUUUCUUGGAGAGAAUGCCCUGUCAAUCCAAGUACCUGCGCUUGAGGAAGAGGUUGUAUAAGAAAUCGGUUCUCGAGUGGCCAAGAAAUCCACAAGCGCAGAGAUACUUUUGGUUCAGUCUCAGAAGUGUGAUGUCUUCAGAUCGUCAGCAAUACAACAAACUCUUCCAGGAAUCUCUAUGAUGAAUUCUGCUUUACUAUGGUGACACUUUUGAAAGUUUCUGGAUUCUGCCUGUCAACUUCUUCUUUCUCUUAACAU